AUGGCCUCGCGUGGAUCUCUCAAUGUCCUCGAACCCAUCCCACUCAAUCAGCUCCACGAUGCUCCCCAUCCAUCACUGAAGAAGCGCAAGCUCUCCGACUCUAAUGGAUGGACAGCAGAUAACAUCAUAAUACGGGCCCAUGCCGCGUCCUUGUAUGAUGACCCGUACGUUCUUGAACCGAUUGCGGUGAUCCCACGCUAUCAAUUGCCCUUCGACUGGCUGGAUGCCCCUUCGGCGCUAUCGCAAAUCCAAUCCGGAAGUCUUUUCGUUGCGAAUAUCCCGGCUCUCGAGUCGGAGCCGCAACCUGAAACGGUCGUCCUAAUCGUGCGACUAUCUUCUGACGGAGGGCUAUAUGUGGUUGAGAGAGUCAAACGAGGGAUCUAUUCACUCUCGAAAUUGGCUCGCGGCGUGGAGGAGGGGGAUGUCCGUGUUGCGGUCAAGGCGUCUAGCCAGCGAGUCAAUUCCCUGCCUCCGUGUACACCUCGCAAACAGCCGGAUGUCGUCUCUAGUGGUGACUGGUGGCGGCUGGCGCAAGUUGACGAUCCUGCGCCUGACCUCACUCUGGAGCUACCUGCGAAACGCGCCAAGGUUGAUUUCGUUUUUGGGGCGUCCUCUGAACUUAUUGAUAGUGAUGAGCAAACGAAGGGCGCUACUUCCAUGGGCCAUACGGAGAGGGGCUCCAGUUACGAUGUCCGCAUGCUUUCGGUACCUCCAGAGCCCGGGACUACCGAAGCUGUGGCGUCUGGUGAAGAGGGUGAGGGGAUUGGUGAGGCCACGCAGACCCCUCAGGAGUUGCUGGAUGGGCUGCGGGAGCAAUACCUCCAGGCUCUCUACGUCUCCAAGGCAUCGGUUGCAUACUUUGCCAAAGGCCCUCUACCCCGUUGUCGAGCCGCAUUCCAAGCUCCAGAGCAUGGGGAGGGCAACAUCUCUGAGCUCAUCAGCUUCUACAGAGAGGCUAUCCUGACAGCGAAGAAGAUGGACUUGAAAUUCCGCGAGACGUUGCCAACAACCCUUCAUGACAUCGUGCUCACCAUAUCGGAUGAUGAAGCGGCACCGAAGAAACGAAAGAGUAAAAAGAAAGCGCUGGGAAGAAAUGGUCUCUACCCAGAGGAGCCAGACUUUGUCCGAAAAUGGUGGAAGAAUAGAGCAAUGACCGAAAGUAGCGGUCCUGGCGAAACCUCCAGGGAUGCGGAAAUCAAGAAACACGUGUCCGACUUGCGAUUACGAGAAACUCAGCUUCAAAUCCUAUUGAUUCUAGAGACGAUCGCCCUCGAGACAGGUGCUGCGGACGAAGCAAAGAAAGCUGGCCAAGGAGAGGCUGCUGAUGCAACUGCCCCGAAGCCCAAAACCAAGAAGCCCCAAGAUCUGAACGUCAUGCUCGAACUGCACCUUGAUCGUCUGUGUAUUUGGCAUGCCGUGAGCUUUGACGAUGCGCCAGUUUCCGAGUCCCAGGCAUCGGCUGGCAAUCAACAAUCUGGUAAGGGUGGAAGCGACGCGAUGCGAGACUUCUGCACAGAAGUUAUUAUCCCAUUCUAUGCUUCGCGGCUGCCGGAUCGCUGCAAAUCAAUCACGCGGAAACUGGGGGUUUCCGCUAGCACUAUACCUGCAUUGUCCAAGUCGGUAAAGAAACUGCGCAAGGAACCGGGAGCUGUUGAGCGCAUUCCAUCUCAGAAAUCUCGACGCUCACUACAUCGGGUCCUGACGGACGAGCAAACCUCGCAAAACCGAUCACAACCCUCGCUUAAUCGCUCGAUUACCGCUCCGUCGCAGAUAGAAAGCAAGCGAGAAACCACCCCCUUGUUACCAACAGUCAGCGCCAGCGUUCGGGGCGGUAUUCAGAAAGCGAAGAGGGCGGAGAACCGGGAAGUGGACUUGUUUGCCGUAGCACGGCAGCACGAGACGAAGCUCAAGCGCGUGCAAAUGCUCGCGGAGCAGAAGAAGGAGCUAGACGCUGCUAUUCUCGCGCUCCGGAAGCCAAACCGCGAACUAGUCGCCAAGGAUAUUGCCCAGGAUGCAGAGAAGCGAACAUCCAGCUCGAGGAAACCCAAGAACCCGGUCCGGAACCCGAUGGGGCAGGGUGUUCAGGUUAUGGCCACACCUAGCAAAAUCCGGAAGAGAGACGUUGGUCUUCCCCCUUUGCCCAAGAGCGUCACUAGGUCAAAGUCGAAGCCGGCCGUUGUCUCUUCAUCACCUUUUACAGCGGAACCUCAGGUCAUUCCUGGCUCUACCAUCAAGCCUAGCUCGCUACCCUUCACGGUGGAUACCGCGGUACAAGAGACUCCCUCUCGUCGUCCAGCUCAACCUAUGGCCUUAUCUAAAGACCCUGCUGAAGCCAGCGUCGCGGAGUCACCCGGCCCAGGAACUGGAAACCUCUUCCGAGUCCCUCGGCGACCAGCCCCUCGACCUACAGAAACAAACCCCCUGACCCCAGUGCGGUCACAGCACCAAGAUGCUGCAGACGUCGUCACGCCUAUAGACGGCCGUCAGAGUCAACGUUUACCUCCAUCACCACCUCCGCUAUUUGCUCUCCCCGCCAAAGUCACGCCUUCGAAAUCUUCCAUGAUAUUCGAGACACCCCCGAAGCCCAAAGCUGUCCCUGUUCCGGUCCCAGUGGUCGCUUCUCGCCGACCUAGUAUCUCUAACCCCUCAAAUUCUGCACUAGUCUUCGAGACGCCUCCAAAGCCGAAAGCUGUCCCAGACCCAGUUCCUGUGGUGGCCUCUCGUCGCCCUAGCAUUCCUACCUCUGUUUCUGCUCCUGCCCUUGUUCCUGGCCCAGUCGAAGCGCAAGUUGUGCCCGUGACGCCGGAGAAAUCCAUAUACUCAGCGCUCGGCUGGGAUGAUGAUGAUGACCUUCCAAUGUGA